CGUUUCCAUGGAAACAAGAACGCCAGUCUAAAUUGGUUUCAGCAGCAGGCCAGACAACGUUUGAGUUUAUUUUCUUCGCCGAUACGUAACUGAUAACCGAGAUGUGAUGGCAGAAAACGACCCGAGGCUGCAGUGGAUCCGGGACCGAGUUUCUGCCGGGUUUCAUUUAUCGAAGCACCCCGAGUGUUUGGAUGAACUCCUGCACCGAGACGAUGGAAAAGAGAAGGACAAGAUCCUCCAUUAUCUGAACGACGUCUCCAACACAGACUCACAGUCCUUCCUGUUGUUUUUUAAGACCGUAAGAGAAAAAGAAAUUGAAGUGAAACUCCCUCUUGGUAAAGUUGCAGACUCUUCAGAACAAAGAGGAGCAAACCAAGACCUGGACGGGGAGAACACGCAUCCUCAACAGAAGACUGAGGUGGAGGUGGUCUAUCACACUGAGCUUCACGUGUCAGUCGAUGAAUAUCCAGAGAGAUUUCUACAAUCUUCAGUCUUCUAUUUCUCAAGAAAUCUGAGGGAGGCCGUUGUUCAACCUCGGGAUAUGAAAGAAGCUGUCAACAUCAUGUGCAAGCUUUUUGACUUUGACUUUUGCUGUGGAAAAUCCCUGCAGCUGCUGCAGAGCAGGAUUGUCCAUAUGUACAAACCCUUAUUCACUGCACAACAGCAAGCCACAACAACCGUAUCUGGUGACACCAAAAACAAGGACAGUUUUCCCCACAAGACCAUUUGUGAUGAUGUGCUUGACCACUUGUCCAAGUUUCUGCCAAAGAUCAACACAACUCUUCAACAAAUUGCUAUUGCAGAUGAGAUUCAACUCCACAUUCCUGACCUGGACCUGGAACCAGAAGUGGAUGCGCUGAUUACAAGUCCAGACAUGGUGGAGAAUCUGGAGCAGUGUGUAAUGAUCUGGCAAACUCAGAUAACCAUUGUUCUUCAAGAGCAGCAGAGCAAACAGCCAGAGGGACCUGGGCCUUUGCCCGAGUUAACCCUUUGGGAGAGGCGUGCCACCGUCCUUGGUGCUCUGACCGAGCAGCUGAAGCAGCCAGCGGUAGAAAAGAUUCUGAAGGUGUUAGGCAUGGCAAACGCUGGCAUUGCUCAAACAUUUGAAGGGACCAUCAUUGAAUUAACAAACUACCAUCUGGAAUCAAACAGUAAUUCACGCUACCUCAAAACAAUGGAGAGACAUUUCUUGAAUCUGCAAAGAGGAGCACAUUUUAGCCUUCACCUAGAGACCAUUCCAACUCUGAUGGAACGCUUGCAGACCAUGUGGUUGUCCUCUCGCCACUAUAACUCCAAUGAACGCAUGGUUCCUCUCAUGGAGCGUAUCGCCUGGCAGCUCUGUGAGAACGUGGCUCAAGAAAUUCAUGUUCAGACACUGUUCAGAGAAAAGCAGAAAGAGGUCAAAUCCCAGGUUUUUUUGGCAAAACAAGUCCUAGAAAAGUGGAAACUGUCCUACUUUGAGAAUCGUGCCGAAAUUGAAAAACUCGGCAGAAGUUCACGCUGGGAGUUUGACCGUGAAAAACUCUUUAAAAUGUCUGACUACAUGGCUUCUGUCUGUCAAGACAUACACAACGUUUUUCAGGUUUUGGAAGAACUCUACAACAUCUUUAGCCCGGAACUAAAAGGCAUGAAAGGCAUUAAUGAAGUAAUAAGCAGAGUGGAUGGUUUGGUUCUGCCUUUCCAAAGGGUCAGUUUUAACCCUUUCAGGAUUUCAAACAAGAAGACCUGGAAAACCAUCAUGGAAGACUUCAGUGUUACAGUAAAGGAUAUUGAAGAGGAGGCUGCCCACAUCAUUGAUAUGUUCUUCACAAACACACUCUCCUCAGCUCAUGCCUUUGAUAUCCUGAUGAGAUUCAAGCAGAAUCGCUCCAGAGACGCAAUCAGCCUGCAUUUGCUGGGAAAGUUUGAGGACGUCCUGACCCAGUACUGCAAAGAGGUUGACCACAUAAAGAAAAUCUUUGAAGCAAAGAAGGAUGAUCCCCCAUUAAAUAAAACUAAAUAUGAGCCACCUGUGGCAGGGGCCAUCAGAUGGGCCUGGACUCUGGUCGAGCACACCAAACAGCCGAUUGUUGCUUUCCUCAAAGUUCCAGAGAUCCUUCAGAGUGAGAAGAGCAGCGUGGCCAAGAACAAGUAUGUGGAACUUGCUCUGCAAAUCAAGGACUACCAGGAGAAGAAGCAUGAGAACUGGCUGCGCAGGACAGAGUCUGAGUUGCCAUUGCUCAUGAAGCAAACCUUGCUGAUUACCAGUGAGGCUCAAAAGGGUAUCUCAACAGCUAAAGGCCAUUCCAACACACAUGUCAGGUACAUUGUAAACUUUGCUCCACAACUGAAGGAAAUCAUGUCUGAGACCAGGUACCUUGUGUUACUGGGCUACUCUGUGCCGGAGCUGGCUCAAAGUGUGGCUCUGCAAGAAGAACAUUUCCUCAAGUAUGUAUCUGAUCUGAACCACCUUGUCAGUAGCUACAACUCUAUUAUGGAGGGCCUGAGUCAGACACAUGCCAUCAUGGUGGCACCCCAGAUUAAAGCAGCUCAAAAAGAGAUCGAUUUUGGGUGCAAAAGAAUCAACUGGGGCUCCUCAGGAAUAGCCGACUUCAUCAGCCGAGGCCAGAAGGCUGUUUCUAACUUUGAGACAGUGCUCAACCAGAUACUCAAAAAUGAAAGAGAUAUUGAAUCCAAACUGCAGUCCAUACAGACAGCUAACUUACUGAAAUGUCCAGUGCCGGACAAAUCCAAUGAGCUACCAGGCAUCAGGGAGUUCUGUGAUCACCUUGAGAGAGAGAGAGUGAAAACAGUGGCUUUGCUGAGCAGAAAUUAUAAGGACAUCGGCUUAACCAUCAUUAUGACCGAACAUAUGAUAAUGGACACCAACAGCGGAAAAGCCAGCCUUAUGGAGACUUACUACACCUACUGGGAAAAGAGGGUGUUUAACUCCCUUGAAAAGAUGGUGUUGAGGAGCAUUCAGACCUUUAACUUGCUGCUGAUGGGAGACACAGCUCUGUUUCAAAUCAAUGCCAUUCUUUCUGCCCCAAAAAUUGAACUUCAGCCCAAAAGUAGUGAGAUCUCCAUGCUCUUACUGCAGUGCGUCAAAAACUGCAUAGAGAGCACCAAGCAAUUUCCACGGUGGAUGCGGGGGACUUGUAUUGAAUGCCCCCCUCAAAAGGUGGUUGGUGAAGAUGAACUGGUGACUUUUACCUUCUUCACGGAUGUGUGGCAGAGUUCUCAGAUAAGUGAAAAUGCUUUCACGGUUUCCCAGAACAUCAAGAACCUCCUUUUCUCCGUGGAUCAGUUCUUCACCCACUGGAAGCGCUACAAGCUUCUUCUGAAAAUGAAAGUAGCCACUGAGAUUGAAAGAUUUGCAAAAAAGAACCCGUCCUGUGCCAUGUAUGACAAUAAGCUGCAGUAUUUUGAAAAUCUGAAUCAGGAGGUCAAACAGGAGGUUUUGUGCAAGACUGAACACAUUAUCCACGUCAACAUGAUGCCUCUGGUUUCCUCGCUGAGAAACAUUGCCGAGUCCAGGAUCAGUACCUUAUGCAGCUUCCUGAACAAGCCUGCCAAGGAGGAGCUUUUCAUCCUGAGAGAUAAAUUCAUGCAACUCCAGGAAAAGAUGCAUCAGAGGCCUGAUACUUUUGAGGACCUAAAAUCAAUCCUUGGCACCAUCUCAGACAUCAGGGACAUGUCUUUGGACGUGGAAAUUAGAGUUGCUGACAUUAAGGAGCGAUACAGAAUGAUGGCCAUGUACAAAUAUGAGGUGGGGAAGGAUGAAUUGGAACUGGUGGCCAACAUUGGGCAGAUCUGGAGUAAUCUGUUUGCAGAAUCCAGACAGGUGGAUCAGAGUUUGAAGGAUGUCAGGGAAACAUUUUCAAAAAUUAAAAUGGAGGAAAUGGAAGCUUUUAAGCAGGAUUUGUCUAUUUUUGCUGAAAGUUUCAACACGCACGGACCUGGGACUGUUGGGAAUGAUCUGGAGAAAGGCCUUAACAUUAUAGGAAAAUUUGAGAAGGAACUUUCUAAGAUAAUGGCCAAGCAGGAACAUUUAACAAAGACGGCAAAACUGUUGGACCUACAGCUUGCUGAGUAUCCAGAGAUAAUCAGUAUACAAAAAUAUUUGAGUGGAUUGAGUCAAAUAUACAACAUCUAUAAGGCUCAUAAGGAGGCAAAAACAAAGUGGUCCCAGACCUUGUGGGUGAAUUUUGACAUCAAGCUGCUACAGGAUGGAAUAGAUGGUUUCAUUGAAAGCUUGAUGCAGCUGUCAAAAGACGUGCAGACCUUGCCUGUGGCCUUCUUUUUAGAUUCACACUUGAAGGAGUUCAGAGUUUCAUUGUCUCUUCUACUGGACCUGAAAAAUACUGCUCUCCGGGACAGACACUGGAAUAAACUGAUGGAAAGAACGGGAAAAAGCUUUGACAUGAACCUUCAGAGAUUCACUCUGGAGACUCUGUUUUCUUUGGAGUUGCACAAAUACGCAAAUGACAUCGAUGAGAUUGUCACCUCAGCUUUGAAAGAGCUGAGCAUUGAGAUGGAGUUGCAGAGUAUUAUACAGACAUGGAAAAGGACAAAAUUCAACAUGCAGCCUCAACUGAAGGUCAACCAGGAACGGGUUUUCCUUCUGGGAGCCGUGGAUAACAUCUUGGUAAACUUGGACAAUGACGUGAUGAAGUUGCAGUGCAUGGCUGGAAGCCGUUUUGGUGGGCCUUUUCUUGAUGCCAUUCAGCAAUGGGAGAAAAAUCUGACCCUCUUCAGUGAAACUAUUGAAAUCUGGUUGCAGGUGCAACACAAAUGGAUGAACCUUGAGAAUAUAUUCUGUGGUGAAGACAUUUGCUCGCAGCUUCCCGAGGAAGCCAAGAAGCUGAAGAAAAUCACAAAAAAGUUUACAGAAAUAAUGAAAAGCACAGAGAAUGAACCAAACAUUAAAAAGUGCUGCACGGUUCCCGGCCGACUAUCAUCCCUCUGGGUGUUGAGGAACGAUUUGGAAAGGAUCCAGAAAAAUCUUGCUAAUCACCUGGACUCCAAGCGAAAUGAAUUUCCCCGCUUCUUUUUAAUCUCCGAUGACGAACUUCUCAAUGUUCUUGGAAGUGUUGACCCCGCCUGCAUUCAGGAACACGUUAUCAAGAUGUAUGAUAACAUUGAAUCCCUGAGAUUGGGUGUUGACUCCAGUGGACAGACGGUCGUUGGAGCGAUGGUGUCCAAUGAGGGGGAAGUGAUGGAGUUUAGAAAGCCUGUCCCACUGGAGGCAAGAGUUGAAGACUGGAUAAUGGCUGUUCUGCAAGAGAUGAAAAGGACCAGUAGACUGAUCACCAAAGAGGCAGUCUACCAUUAUUGUGCAGACAGGAGUAGGGUGGACUGGAUAAGGUCGUACCAGUGCAUGAUGGUGCUGGCUGCCAACAGAGUGUGGUGGACCUGGGAGGUGGAAAAUGCAAUUAAGAAUGUGAACAAAGGAGAUAAGUACGCACUGAAGAAAUAUGCUGAGCAGAUACACAGGCAGAUUGACGAGCUGGUUACGUGUCUUGGACGACCCACAAAGGAAAGUGACAGACUGAAGAUCAGUAACGUUCUUGUCACUGACGUCCAUGCCAGGGACAUUGUGGACAAUUUUGUUGGCCGAAGCAUUAAAGAGGUUCAUGACUUUGAGUGGGAAAGUCAGCUUAGGUUCUACUGGGUCAAGGAGCACGACAGCCUGUUUGUGCGACAGUGCAACACUUCAUUGUCUUAUGGUUAUGAGUACAUGGGGUUGAAUGGCCGACUGGCAAUAACUCCACUGACAAGCCGGAUCUACCUCACACUUACACAGGCUCUUUCCAUGUAUUUGGGAGGAGCUCUUGCAGGACCAGCAGGUGCAGGAAAAACAGAGACCGUCAAGGAUCUGGCCAAAGCUUUAGGCCUGUUCUGUGUGGUUACACAUUGCACUGAAGACAUGGACACUAUAACUUUGGGUAAAAUAAUCUCAGGUCUCGCUAAAUGUGGAUUUUGGGGUUGUUUUGAUGAGUUCAAUCGCAUCGGUGCCUCAGUUCUGUCAGUGGUUUCUUCCCAAAUCCAGGCUAUUCGAAACGCUCUCACUUCACACUUCAAAAUGUUUCAGUUUGAAGGUCAACAAAUUAGCUUGGAUGACCACAUGGGAAUAUACAUCACUAUGAAUCCCAGCUAUGAGAGACGUCCUGAACUGCCAGAGUCAGUCAAAGUCUUCUUCAGACCUGUCGUGGUCGUCACACCAGAUGUGCAGCAGAUUUGUGAGAUCAUGCUCUUUUCACAGGGCUUCCUACAGGCUAAGGAGUUGGCGAAAAAGAUGACUGUGCUGUAUAAGACGGCAGGAAUUCAACUGUCAAAGCAGCCUCACUACGACUUUGGUCUGCAUUCCCAAAAGUCAGUCCUGAAAAUGGCAGGAAAAAUGAAGAGAGACUCUCUGGAGCUCAGUGAGGAUGUGGUUCUGAUGCGGGCUCUCAGGGACAUAAAUUUACCCAAGUUGGUCUCUGAGGACGUCCCCGUGUUUCUUGGACUGAUCUCGGACAUUUUCCCAGGACUGGACAGCUCUCGGGUUGGCUUUCCUAGCUUCAGAGAGACUGUGGAAGAGAUUCUGCAGAAGAGCAAUUACACUAUCCUGCCUGACCAGGUGGAUAAAGUGGUGCAGAUCUAUGAAAUAAUGUUGACCCAGCAAGCUACUAUGAUUGUGGGCCAAACAUGUGGAGGGAAAUCUGUUGUGAUCAACACACUGUGUCAAGCUCAGACCAAAUUGGGACUGUGCACCAAGUUGUAUCCCCUGAACCCCAAAGCCACAAGUGUGGAUGAACUGUAUGGUUCCUUUGACCCUGAAACUCGGGACUGGACUGAUGGGAUUUUUUCUAAACUCUUUCGAGAGAUCAACCAGUCAACUGACAAAAAAGAGAGAAGAUACAUCCUUUUUGAUGGAGAUGUGGAUUCCCAAUGGUUGGAAAACAUGAAUUCAGUGUUGGAUGACAACAAGCUCCUCACGCUAGCCAAUGGAGACCGAAUCCGUUUACAGAGUCACUGCGCACUGCUGUUUGAGGUUGGAGAUCUGCAGCAUGCUUCCCCUGCUACCGUCUCCCGUUGUGCGGUAGUAUUCAUUGACCCAAAACACUUGAGUUAUACCCCAUACUGGCAAAGAUGGAUGAAAAACAGACAUGAGAAGGAGCAAGAGCAGCUCAACAGACUGUUUGAGAAAUAUGUGCCCAGCUGCAUUGAUGUGACUUUGAACAGUGAGACAAUUGUUCCUCGGACCGAUGUGAACAUGGUCUCUCAGUUGUGCCUGAUGCUGGAUGUGCUGCUUGAAAGUAAGAAUAGCAGCGCUGAAGUCCUGGAGUGUUACUUCCUGGAAGCUCUGUACUGCUCCCUUGGAGCCACAUUGGUGGAGAGUGGUCGGCUCAAGUUUGAUAAACUUGUCAAGAGUCUUUCCUGUUUGUCCACAGUGGACGAUGAGAAAGCUGCUGCUGGACCUGGAGAGAUCCCAGAUUAUCUCCCAACUCUGUACGACUUCCAUUUUGACGAAACACAGGAGAAGUGGGUUCCCUGGAGCUCUUUGGUUCCUGAAUACAUUCACAACCCUGCAAUGAAGUUUGCUGACAUUUUAGUACCAACUGUUGACACGACAAGAACCCACUGGAUCCUGGAACAGAUGGUUAAAAUCAAGAGGCCAGUGCUUCUAGUUGGAGAAUGUGGCACCUCCAAGACAGCCAUCAUUCAAAACCUCCUGAAGAACACAAGUACAGAUUCAAGCAUUUCCCUGACCAUAAACUUUUCAUCCAAAACAACUUCAUUGGAUCUGCAGAGAAAUCUUGAAGCUAAUAUAGAAAAAAGAACCAAAGAUACUUAUGGUCCUCCCAUUGGAAAAAAACUGCUAGUCUUUUUUGACGACAUAAACAUGCCAAAGGUGGAUGAUUUUGGAACACAACAACCUGUUGCGCUCCUUAGACUGCUGUUAGACCAAGGAGGCCUGUACGACAGAAAACAAAAACUUAGCUUCAAGACCAUCAAAGACCUUGGCUACAUUGCAGCCAUGAGAAAGACAGGAGGUGGAAGGAAUGAAGUUGAUCCCCGCUUCCUCUCACUCUUCAGUGUUUUUAACAUCCCUCCUCCAGCAACAGAGUCUCUCCAUUUAAUUUAUGCCUCCAUUAUCAAAGGCCACACCAGACCCUUUAAGGCAGCCAUACAAGAGGUGUGUCAGACAAUCACCGAGUGCACUCUGAAACUCUUCACCACCAUCAUCACCGAUCUGCCACCCACUCCCUCCAAGUUCCACUACACCUUCAGUCAGAGGGAGCUGUCAAGAAUCUACUGUGGGCUGACCCUCACCAAACCGGACAGCUGUUUGACAGUUGAACAGUUUGUUCGCGUGUGGAGAAACGAGUGUCUGAGAAAUUUCCACGACAGGCUUACUGAUGAAACGGACAAAGCUCUGGUGCAUGGUCACAUAAAGAAGCUGGUUGAGGAGUAUUUUGAGACCGAUUCUGAGGCAGUGUUGGCCGACCCGAUUCUCUUUGGGGACUACAGAGCAGCCCGUGAAGAGUGUGAGCAAAGAGUCUAUGAGGACAUUGGGGACUAUGAUGUUUCAAAAGCCAUAUUUCAAGACAUCCUUGAGCAAUACAACGAGAGCAAGUCCAUCUUGAAGCUAGUGCUGUUUGAAGAUGCUGUGGAACAUCUGACCAGGGUUCACCGAAUCCUCCGCAGCGAUCGUGGACACGCUCUGCUCAUUGGGGCCGAUGGUUCUUGGACACAGGCACUCACCAAGCUGGCAGCCUUCACUGCUGACUGUGAGGUUUUUGAGAUAAUACUAAGAAGAGGGUACAAUGAGCUAAACUUCAGAAAUGAUCUUAAAACGCUGUACCUGAAACUUGGCAUUGAAAACAGGAGGACAGUGUUUCUUUUUACUGAUGCUCACAUUGUCGAGGAAGGAUUUCUGGAGCAGAUUAACAACAUGCUAAUCUCAGGCAUGGUUCCAACAUUAUUUGCAGAUGAUGAGAAAGAGUCCAUUAUCAAACAGAUUAACAGUGAGGCUCUUCAAGAGGGGGCCGGCUCUUCAAAAGAGAGUGUGUGGCAGUAUUUCCUCAGGAAGAGUGCAAACAAUCUGCACAUUGUUUUAUGCCUGUCUGCAACAGGAGAUGCCUUAAAGACACGCUGUAGGAACUUUCCAGGGCUGAUGAGCAACACUGUCAUAGACUGGUACCUACCCUGGUCAGCACAGGCAUUGCAUGCAGUGGCUCAGUGUGUUCUUGAUGAAAAUCCAACCAUUCCUAAGGCCCAUUUUGGAGCUGUUAUAGACCACAUAUGCAUGGUCCAUGCCUCUCUUUGUGACUUCAGCAAGCAGCUCUUGCUCAAACACCAACGAUGUAACUAUGCAACUUCUAAGAGCUUUUUGGAUUUCAUCAGUUCCUAUUCUACGCUCCUGGAGGAGAAGAACGAGCACGUCCUCGCUCAGUGCAAGUGCUUAGAGGGCAGUCUGAACAGACUGAGGGAGGCCAGAGAGCAGAUAGAUGAACUGAAUCUUAAACUGGCAGAUCAGAAGGUGGUUCUUGCCAAAAAAACUGCAACUUGCACAGCUUUUCUGGAAGAAAUUGACAAAAACCAAACCAUAGUCAAAGACAAAAAGAUUCAGGUCGAAAAUAAAGCCAAAGAGCUGGAGGAACAAAACAAGGUCAUAAUUGCUGAGAGAAAAGAAGCUGAUUGUUCCCUGGCUGAGGCUCUGCCAACAUUAAAGGAAGCCCGCAAAGCCCUGGAAGAGCUGGAUGCAACUGACAUUGUCGAGAUUCGAUCGUUUGCCAAACCACCCAAACAAGUGCAGGUGGUUUGUGAGUGCAUCCUUGUUUUACGUGGAAAAAAGGAAUUAAACUGGUUAACAGCCAAGAAGAUGAUGUCAGAGGCUGGUUUUCUGCACUCUCUCAUGCAAAUGGAUUGUGAUUCUAUAAGUAAUUCUCACAUCUCAACCAUCAAAGAUUUCCUGAAAAAUCUUCAGACCAGUGUUGAGGAAAUGCAAUCAAUCAGUAAGGCUGGCUCAGGAAUCCUUAAGUUUGUCGAGUCAUUCAUGAGUUACUGGGAUAUUGCUAAAGAAGUUCAACCAAAAAAAGAUCAGGUGAAACGUCUAGAAAAGGAGUUCCUUCAGAGUAAAGCGGAACUAGAGUGCAUCAAAAACGACCUUAAUAACAUGCAGAAAGAGGCAAGUUCUCUGAAAGAGAAGUAUGAAGAUGCUAAUUUAGAGAAGGAGCUGCAACUGGAUGAGGCAAAGCUCAUGGAGAGGAGGCUGACAGCUGCUGACAAACUGGUCCUUGGCCUGACCUCUGAAAGGGAACGAUGGACAAAAGAUUUGGAAGAGUUGAAACAGCAACACGAAUGUCUCCUGGGUGACUGUUUGAUAGCAGCUGCUUUUCUAAGUUAUGCUGGGGCCUUCAACUGGGACUUCAGGAACAACAUGGUAUACGACAAAUGGACUCAAGAUGUAAAGCAGAAAGGAAUCCCUCUGAGUCAGCCAUUUAAAAUAGAAAACUUUCUGACGAAUCAAUUAGAAAUCAGCAGAUGGGGCUCAGAGGGUUUGCCUCCAGAUGAGCAGUCAGUGCAGAAUGGGAUCCUAACAACCAAAGGGAGUCGAUUUCCAUUGUGUAUUGAUCCCCAACAGCAGGCCCUCAACUGGAUUAAAAAUAAGGAAAAAGACAAUAAUCUAAAGGUCUCAUCUUUAAAUGACCCAGACUUCCUGAAACAGCUGGAGCUUUCUAUCAAGUAUGGAUAUCCAUUCCUCCUUCAAGAUGUGAAUGAAGACAUCGAUCCAAUAAUUAUAAAUGUCCUGGAAAGAAAUGUUGUGGUAUCUGAAGGCAGAACAGUCAUUGUGCUAGGUGACAAGGAAGUGAAUUAUGAUCCAAACUUUAAACUUUUCCUUCACACCACAUUGGCAAACCCUCAAUAUUCCCCAUCAGUGUUUGAAAAAGCCUUGGUUAUAAAUUACUCUGUGACCCUUAGAGGCUUGGAGGACCAGCUCUUGAGUGUCACCACAGGGUUUUUGGAAAAGGUCUUUCAGCAACAACACCUUCUUUUAGUUGAAGAGAUAAGUGAAAAUAAGACGCUGCUGAAAAGCCUGGGAGAUUCGCUGCUCAUGGAGCUGGGAACAUCUACAGGCAACAUGCUGGAUAACACAGAGCUGAUUCAAACACUGGAGAAAACAAAGACAGAAGCCAGUGAGACAAUAAAGAAACUAAGUGUGGCUCAGAGUAAAACCGUGGAGUUUGCCAACCUCAGAGAGGGUUACCGGCCUGUUGCCAAGCGUGGUGCAGUUCUGUUCUUUGCACUGUCAGACAUGGCUUUGGUGAACAGGAUGUACCAGUACUCCCUUACUUCAUACCUCAGCCUGUUUGAACUUUCACUGCAAGAAUCUCUGGCUCAUCCGAACCUUCAGCAAAGACUUGAGAACAUCAUAAACACUCUGACAUACAACGUUCAUAACUAUGCAGUCACAGGACUGUUUGGAAAACACAAGUUGCUGUUUUCCAUGAACAUGACAGUUAAGAUUGAGCAGACAGAAGGGGGAGUUCCUCAGAAGGAACUGGACUUCCUGAUCAAAGGUAAUCUAUCUGGCGAUGGAACCAAAGUCCAAAAGCCUCACGAGUGGAUUCCUGAUCAAGCCUGGCAGGACAUCACGAAACUGGCAGAACUUUUUCCUGAGCAGUUCAGCUCUCUGCCCAGUGACAUAGAGCAAAACUCCACUAACUGGAAGUCUUGGUGGGACUUGAGGGCACCAGAACAGGCUCCCUUUCCCCUGCAAUACAGCGAGAGCCUGUCAGCCUUUCAGAAACUGCUGUUGCUGCGAUGUUUACGUGCUGACCGACUCCACAGGGCUAUGGCCGACUAUGUUACUGUCACUAUGGGCAACAUAUGUGUGCACCCCCCUUUGAUCAACUUUACCACAAUCUAUGAACGCAGCACAGCCUUCUCUCCCAUUGUGUUUAUUAUGAGUUCUGGAUCUGACCCAACUACUGACCUGAUCAAGUUUGCUGAGAAGUCAGGCACCAAGUUUACACUAAUUGCAGUGGGACAAGGCCAGGAGCAGGUGGUGCUGAAGUUGUUGGAGAAGGCAGUUUCCAUUGGUAGUUGGUUGAUACUACAAAAUUGCCACCUGCUUGUGAAGUGGCUGAAGGAUUUGGAAAAAGCGCUGGAGAAAAUAACCAAUCCCAACAUCAACUUUCGCAUGUGGAUCACGACCAAUGCCAUCGAUGAUUUUCCCAUCGGUAUUUUGCAAAAGUCUCAAAAGGUGGUAGCAGAACCUCCAGAGGAUAUCAAGCUUAACAUGAAAGCCACAUACUCCAAAAUCUCACAGCAGACCUUGUCCUCAUGCCAGCACCCUGCUUUUUGCAGCCUGGUUUAUGUGCUUGCCUUCUUUCAUGCUGUUGUGCAAGAAAGGAGCAAGUACGGCAAGACAGGCUGGAGUGUGCCUUGCAACUUCAAUGACUCUGACUUCAGCGCCUCUUUGGAAGUACUAAGCACCUACCUGACCAAAUGUCAUGAGCAAGGAGACAGCUUUAUACCCUGGGAAAGUCUUCAGUAUCUCAUUGGGGAGGUAGUGUAUGGUGGACGAGCAAUUGAUAGCUUUGACCGCAGGAUCCUAAAGGUCUACAUGGACGAGUACUUUGGAGACUUCCUCUUCUCCCCCUUUCAGCAUUUCCACUUCUUCAGAAACAAAGAUGUGGGUUACAAAAUACCUCCUCCUGGGAGAAAGCAUGUGUAUACUGAUGAGAUUGAGAAAAUGCCUCUUAUAACCACACCUGAGGUAGCUGGACUACCUUCCACUGUGGAGAUAGGAUACUACACUCAAGCUGUUGAAGAGAUGUGGACCCACUUAAGAGUCCUUCAGCCUGAAACAGGUCAAGUUGGGAGGGGCAUUGGAGGAGAUGAGCACAUCAGCCACAUCGCCCAAGACAUUCAGAAACAGUUGCCUGAGUUAUUCGACAUUAACUUAGUCGGCGAGGAGUUGGGCACAGACCUCUCUCCGACCUCAGUGGUUCUUCUCCAAGAACUCAGACGAUUUAACAAACUGGUCCUCUGCAUGCAGCAGUCGGUGGUUGAGCUGUUGAGGGCUUUGACUGGUGAGGUGGGAAUGAGCAAAGAGUCGGAUGACUUGGCUCACGCCUUUUGUAAUGAUCUUGUUCCUGCCAUGUGGAAGAGGUUGGCACCAGAGACCCUGAAGUCUCUCGAUGACUGGAUGAGCCAUUUAAGGAGGCGUUAUGAGCAGUACAGUAACUGGGUACGUGAAGGAGAGCCAAAGGUUAUGUGGCUGUCAGGACUGCAUGUUCCAGAGUCUUACUUGGCAGCUGUGGUCCAAGCUGCAUGCCGGAAAAAAGGCUGGCCUCUUGAUCAGUCCACCUUUCAUACAGAAGUGACUCGGUACCGCACUGAGGACGACAUCGACGACAGACUAAAACAGGGCUGCUACCUAUCAGGCCUGUUUCUGGAGGGAGCAGACUGGGACAUGGAGAAUGGCUGCUUGGCAAGAAGCAAGCCAAAAGUCUUGGUUGUUGAGCUGCCUAUCCUCAAAGUCAUCCCUGUGCAGAAAAACAGCCUCAGGCUGCGGAACACGCUGAGAACUCCGGUGUACACCACUUCUUUGCGGAGGAACGCGUCAGGUGCUGGACUGGUGUUUGAAGCCGACCUGUUCACCACCAUGCACACCUCCCACUGGGUCCUUUCAGGAGUAUGUUUGUACCUCAACUCUGACUAAAGGGCACACAUCUUAGCCUCAUGAUCAUUCUUCUAUGAUCUCUUGAUUUAAAAUGCUUAAUGUUAAAAAUUUAAAACACAACUCUUUAUCUAGUUUAAAAUGUUCUUUUGGAGUUAUAUACAGGACACUGGUUUCCUAAAAAGAAACUACUGUAACAGCUGCUGUCACAGCAAUCUUCUUUUUCUUUGUUAUCUUUUUGCUGAACGUUUAAGGCUACUGGGAUGUCACGCCUGUACUUGUUGUCAAAUUAUUACAAUAACCUAUAAAUUGUCUGUCAUUGA